AUGCGUUAUACAAAGAAAGUUUCUGUUUGGCCAGUUGGUCUGGUGGGAGGAUUAAAAUGGGAAGGACCAAUCUGCAAAGAUGGCUCUGUUAUUAAGUUUUACACUCUCUGGAAACCUGAACGUCCUAUGCCGGUUGAUAUGGCAGGAUUUGCUAUCAAUGUUCAGCUCAUUAUUGAUAAUCCAAGUGCGGUGAUGGAUACCUUUGCAAGCAGAGGAUACCUAGAGUCCUCUAUUGUAAGCAAACUGGCAACAAGAGAAGAGUUCGAGCCUUUGGCAAAUAACUGUAAACAGGUAUUCCUUUGUUCUUACUUAUUAUAUUUUUCUUUAUUAUUUAAAUUAUUAGCCUUCGGGAACAAAGGUCGAAUGCUCUUAAAAUGGUCGUAUCUCGUAGCCUUAGAAAACAGCCGACAUAUCGCGACAUCACCACUAGUUUCACCUCGAAAUUACGUCUUACAAACGAGCGCAGAAAUUCCAUACUGAUAGCGUGUCACUACCCAGAUCUGGGUAGUGAUUUUAAUUGCUUGAAAUUUUGCUUCAACCAAUCAGAAGCACUACCCAGGUCUGGUGGGUAAUGACGUGUCAUUAGUAUGGAAUUUCGCGGAGAAAGCAGUGGUGGGGUUGUGAAAUAUCGGCUGUUUUCUCAGGCCACGUAUCUCGUAAACCGUUUUCAUUUAUUCAAAGUCGUUGGUUUUUCUUGUCCUUAAAAUGUCCCUAUUCAUUUAUGUAGUAAAACGUCUUUGCAGUAAAGUGACGGGACACCUUUUCGUUCAAGCUAACCUGAGCGUAGCCCGUUUUAAUCUUCCCCAGUUUUUCAACCAGAAAAUCAAAUUCCAUUUUCCACCCCAAAUUUUAUACCAGUUUCAGGUUUUCGCGACCUUUGUUUCGGCAAAUGGACUGGUUUUCGCAAAGACAAACGCGAUUUCCCAACUAGAUCCUUUGAUCUAUAAGGUGAAUGCGAUUCUCUUGCAUUCCUUUUUUUUUACACCUAGAUUCUUGUGUGGCACACUCAAACUGGGGACCCCAAAAUGAAGCAAGAAGAUAAAUUAAACAAAAUAGGACGCAAAUCUCCGCCAAUGGAAGUGUAA